AUGGCCCCGCGACGCCCCCGUCCCUCCGCCUCAACCUCAUCAGCUUCCCGAGCAAACAAGCGACUAGCCUUGAUCGACGCCGCAUUCGACGCUGCUGUCUCUCCCACACACACACCAGACUCAGACGCACGGCCUCCGCCACGGAAAAAAGCGAGGAAGGCGGUUGUGCUGGAUGACGAGGAGGGCGAGGACGACGAGAUGGAGCUUGUUGCGGGCGAUGCGGGUGCAAGUGCGGAUGCAUUGAGAGGAGGGUUCUUGCCGGAGCCGCCUGCGGAAGGCUUUGCGGACGGAGGAGGGUUCUUGCCCGAGGAUGAUGCGGGAGGAGCAGGAGGCUUUCUUCCAGAGGACAGCGGCGCAGAUCUAGGCGGGGGCUUCCUCCCUGAUCCCCCAGGCGACACGGACAUGCAGGCUUCCAGUGCAGACACGGGACAGGGCGGCUUCCUCCUCGACGACUUCGCGAGCGAAGGCGGGUUCCUCCCUCUCCCUCCUCCUCCUCUCGCCGACUCGGGCGAUCCAAUGGCAGUCGACUACUCCGCGUCGACUUCCGCAGGAGGUGGCGGAUACCUCCCAGAGCCACCUGCCGAAUUCAGCACAGCAGGCGGCUUCCUCCCCGACCCUCGUCCAACUUCACGCGCGUCUCCCUCCUUCACCCUCCCCACUCCUCCUCCUCCCGCCUCUCGCAUCUCCCUCACCUCCAUUCCCUCCGCCCUACGCUCCCUCGGACUGCACCGCCUCGGCCUCGCCGGCGCCGACUUGAUGCAGCUCUUCGAGGAAGUCGCGAGCGACGACGAAGAGGUUGAAGGGGGGAGGAGUGUGAGGAGGGAGAGGUUUAGGGAGGCUUGUGAGGUGUUGAUGGGUGAUACGGACGAGGAAGAUGGGGAGGAAGGGGAGGAGUAUCGGGAUGAAGAGGAGGAGGAAGAGGAGGGCAAGAGUCGGAGGAGGUUGAGAAGAGCUGGAGAACCGAAGGCUUCGGCGGUGGCGGACGAGGAGAACGACGCACCGAAGCUACGGCGACAGCCUGCUCGACGAUCAACUCGGGCGAAUCCCCUGCCGGAAGACGAGGACGUCAGCGCGAAGGACUUUGGUGCGGCGCUCGAUGCCCUGCCAGACGACUCGAACUCAUCCUUGAGUGAGGCGGCAACCGACUCGGAGGACGACAUCGGCGGUUCAGCGAAAGGGAAGGGCAAGAGUCCUGCCAAAAGCAAGGGUAAGAAAUCUCGUCGAGGACGACGCGGCAAUCCGGACGACAUCACCGCAGAAGACGUCGCCGCCGCUCAAGAUACCUUCGACUUGUUCUUUGAGGAGUCGCCGCAGAGUGUGUUGCCGAAGCGCGAGAGGGCGAUCGGGUUGAUGGAGUUGCAGUGGGCGUGUAGGGUCUUGAAGGAGAAGAUGACGGACGGGGAUCUCAACGAGAUGCUUGAAUACGCCGCGCGGAGCAAAGGGCUCGUCGAUCUCGAAUCUUUCGCUCGCAUCCUCGUCGAGACAGGCUUGUAG